CCAGCCGUUCCCUCCCACCUAUAUCGCCAACAUGGGACUCCUCAAACGCUCCGAGAACGCCAACCAGCUGGAGACCGCCGGUCCCACUCCUAUUGCCAAUCAAAAAGUCACCUUCAUCGCCGUAUGGCUCGGUCUCGUGGCCUCCAUUGGAGGUUUCAUGUUUGGCUAUGUCAGCGGUCAGAUCUCUGGCUUCUUCGCCAUGGAGGACUAUGCGAGGAGAUUUGGAGCUCUCCAGGAUGACGGAUUUUACACCUUCUCGGCCGUAAGGCAGGGUUCCAUCACCGGAUUCCUUUGCAUUGGAUGCUUGUUUGGAUCUUUGAUCGCUGGAAAGAUUGCCGACUCAUUCGGAAGGAGACUUUCGAUCUCACUGUCGGCGUUCUUCUGCUGUAUUGGAACAGUGAUUGAGAUUUCUUCACAGACUGUUUGGGCACAGUUUGCCAUUGGUCGCAUCGUCAAUGGAUUGGGAAUUGGAUCUCUCUCGGUCUUGGUACCAAUGUACCAAUCCGAAAGCUCUCCCGCCAUCAUCCGCGGUGUUCUCGUCGCCUCCUACCAACUCUUCAUCACCCUCGGAAUCUGGACCGCCGAAAUGGUAAACUACGGAACCGAAUCCACACCGACCAGCGCAUCGUGGCGCAUUCCCAACGGCCUCUCCUUCCUCUGGGCGCUCAUUCUCGGAGGUGGAAUCCUCUUCCUUCCCGAGUCUCCCCGCUACGCAUACCGCAAAGGCCGAGUCGAGGAAGCUCGAGCCACAAUCGCCCGCCUUGCCGGUCUGGAAAUCGACAGCCGAGAUGUCAACGACCAGAUCAACGAAAUCCGAGUCAAGCUAGAAGAGGAGAAAGCCGGCGCCGAGACGAAGUGGCAUGAGAUCUUCACCGGUCCGCGAAUGCUGUACCGCACGCUGUUGGGCAUCACCCUCCAAGCUGGCCAGCAAUUGACCGGUGCCAACUUCUUCUUCUACUACGGAACAACAAUCUUCUCCGGCGUCGGCCUCGCAAACCCUUACGUCUCGCAAAUCAUCCUCGGAACCGUCAACGUCAUCUGCACUUUCGGCGGCCUCUAUGUGGUUCAAAAAUGCGGCCGUCGUCCUGCGCUCAUGGUCGGCGCCGCUUGGAUGACGAUGUGCUUCCUGGUCUACUCCUUUGUUGGCAAAUAUGUGCUUGAACCGGCUACGAGCGAAGCGAGCACCAAGACUGCGGGCAACGUGCUGAUUGUGUUCUCUUGCUUCUUCAUCGUGGCUUUCGCGACGACGUGGGGUCCUCUCGUGUGGGCUGUCGUUGGAGAGUUGUACCCGACUCGCUACCGUGCGCCUUGUAUGGCGUUGGCGACGGCGAGUAAUUGGUUGUGGAACUUCUUAAUGUCCUUCUUCACCCGCUUCAUCGUCGGAGAAAUCUCUUACCUCUACGGCCUGGUCUUCGCGGGAUGCUGCGCAGCGCUUGUGGUCAUCGUCUUCUUCUUCGUCAUCGAGAGCAAAGACCGUUCGCUGGAGGAGAUUGAUACGAUGUAUGUGUUGGGCGUCAACCCGAUUACGAGUGCGAAGUGGGAUGGGAGCAAGCCGCGGAGUGGACUUGAUGCUGGCAGUGAGAGCGAGAAUGGGGAGGUUCCGGUGGAGAGGGUGAGGACGAAGACUGUGGAGUGAUUGGUGAAGUACUUUCGAGGAGGUGAAGGCUUGAGGAGUACGAUGAGGCUGAAUGAAAGGGAGAUCUGUACACACUUUUGGAAGGAUGGGAACAGCGACGACUUCAUGUGAAUAUUGAUUCGAUUUUUAAUCGC